CUGAAAGGGCAACUGACAUAGACAAAGUUGGUUUGUUAUUUUAUUAAAUUCUUCAUUUUCUCUAAACUUUAAGUAUUACUUAAUAUUAUUUUAAUUGAAGUUUGGAAUUAGAUAUCCAAUUUUUUAUUAAAAUAUAAUUGUAGUGGACACAAACAAUUACAAUCAUGGUUAUAAUGGACACAGGCGAAAGUGUUGGCACUUUAGAAGAACAAGCACUAAAAAGAAAAGAAAGACUAAAGAAUUUGAAACGCAAGAAUCCUAAUAAUGAAAGUUCAUCGAAUGAUACGCCUGCUGACUUUGUACCACUUCCCAAGCCAAAGUUCCGGAGCUACAAACCACAGGACGACUCACUCUUAGAAGCCAAAUUAGAAGAUGCUGAGCCUGCAGCAGUAGAAGCUGAAGUUAAAGACUUGCUUGAAGCAGGGAAAGAAAAGAUAGUGUUACAAGACUUGGACAUAUCAAGUUUAGCACCUCGAAAACCAGACUGGGACCUCAAAAGAGAUGUGGCUAAGAAACUGGAAAAACUAGAGAGGAGAACACAAAAAGCUAUUGCAGAAUUGAUAUGGGAACGGUUGAAACAGGGCAAUGAAGACAAUCUUGGAGCCAUGGUCACCAUGUCAGAAACCAGAGCUACUGACGAAGACUGAUACAUGUUUCAAAUACAUUUGAUGAAAUUAUUUAUAAGUUAUUUGUAAGUAAAAUAAAUAAGCAUAAUUA